CAUUGACGGUCGUCGGUCGCGUCUGGGAGAAAAGUUUUUCUCCGUCGUCGAAAGUUUGCAUUUUCCGAAUACAUACCAGAAAAAAAAGUGCAUUUCCUUCUGUGGAAAACCCAACCCGGUGAAUGUGUGAUGUAUAUUGGCUCUUUGUUAGAAGAAUAUCUACGUAAUUAUUAUUUGCUGCCGUAUUAAGAAGUUCAGUGAAACCAAAUCGCUCCGAACCGAAAAGGUGCGUCACUACACUACCCCCGAUCGACCAAUGGUUGAAUUGGUUGAAGGACUAAAAUCGUAGAGCUGUGUGCUGUGGAGGAAUUACCGGAAGCGGUUCGGUGAGGACAACCACGAAAACAGCGUAGCUGUUUUUCGGUUUCACUUUUACGUCGCGAAAAUUGAUUGGCGGAAGACGACGUCUGGCUGCAGUGCAGGGGGCUGUCGUCAUCGAUAGAAGCGGAGAGAAAGAAGCAAAAAAAAAAAACAGUGCCAGGUCGUGACACUGUUUCUGCGUCUUCCACCACCACUAUUGGCUGUCUGCUUUUGUUUUUGUUGGUGUUCUUUUGGGUUUCGGUCGUCGUAAGGUACUCUAUACAAGACAGAAGACACAGCAGGCCAAGCGGAAAAGAGGAGGUUCCCCGGAUAAAAAUAGUUUGGCGGGAGUCAACCGGAUAUUCCCAGUAACUCCCAGCAGCAGUAUCAGCAUCUGCAGCUGCCUUUCGGAGCGCGACUUGAGGUGGACAGCAGAAGACGCCGUUCGCCCGGUGCCUUUCCUCGGUACGAGCUUAGUGCUGCUGCAGCAGCAUCAACAGCAAGCGUCAGAAUGUCGGGAACAACGGGAAAGCGUAAGGAAAUCUACAAAUAUUUGGCCCCAUGGCCGCUGUACUCGAUGAACUGGUCGGUCCGGCCGGAUAAACGCUUCCGGUUGGCGCUCGGCAGCUUCGUCGAGGAGUACAACAACAAAGUGCAGAUUAUCAGCCUGGAUGAGGACACCAGCGAGUUCAGUGCCAAAAGCACAUUCGAUCACCCGUACCCGACGACCAAAAUCAUGUGGAUUCCGGACUCGAAGGGUGUCUUCCCGGAUCUGCUGGCCACCAGCGGAGAUUACUUGCGGGUUUGGCGUGCCGGAGAACCGGACACCCGCCUGGAGUGUGUGCUUAACAACAACAAAAACAGUGACUUCUGUGCCCCGCUAACCUCGUUCGAUUGGAACGAGGUCGAUCCGAACCUGGUUGGGACGUCGUCGAUCGAUACGACCUGCACCAUUUGGGGUCUGGAAACGGGCCAACCGCUGGGACGGAUCAACCUGGUUUCCGGUCACGUUAAGACGCAGCUGAUUGCCCAUGACAAGGAAGUGUACGACAUUGCGUUUUCACGCGCCGGUGGCGGACGAGACAUGUUUGCCUCGGUUGGUGCCGAUGGGAGCGUUCGGAUGUUUGAUCUGCGCCAUCUGGAGCAUUCAACCAUCAUCUACGAGGAUCCGGCGCACACACCGCUGCUCCGGCUGGCCUGGAACAAACAGGAUCCCAACUAUCUGGCUACGGUGGCGAUGGAUUCGUGUGAGGUAAUUAUUCUGGAUGUACGAGUUCCCUGCACACCGGUUGCCCGCUUAAGCAAUCACCGGGCGUGCGUGAACGGGAUUGCUUGGGCUCCGCACAGCUCAUGCCACAUUUGUACGGCCGGCGACGAUCAUCAGGCACUAAUCUGGGACAUCCAGCAGAUGCCGCGACCGAUCGAAGACCCAAUACUGGCGUACACGGCUGCCGAAGGCGAAGUUAAUCAGAUUCAGUGGGGUGCCACGCAGCCCGACUGGAUCGCUAUCUGCUACAAGACAGCCUGCGAAAUUUUGCGGGUUUAAGGUGGCCGUAGGAAGACAUCGUACUAAUCAUUCAUCUUCUUGCUAUUGUACAUACUAAGACUGACUUGGGUUUUUCACUAGGCAAUAGUAAAACAACAUUAAUUUCGGGGUAGCUUCCAUACACACACUAGUCGCACUUUCUUCACAAAUUUUUUUGUCAAUCUUAAAAGUCGAUGUUGUAAUCUCCCCUCGGUUUUUGAUUGUACAUAUCGCUAUACCUAAUUUAUUCCGACUUCCGAAACCGAAUCCGACAAACAGUCGCUCACCAUUGCAUCAUGGCGGCGAACGAAAAAAAAAGCCUGAAUCUAAAGAUAACGAAGCAAGCGGCGACCUAUCGCCAUCGCCACUGUUAACAACAACACGAACGGAACGGAACGGAAGACUGCGGUUUGGACCUCUGCUUUUGCUCUCACGCCACACGCUAGUAGUGAGUGAUUACCGACCGACCGACCGACCGAUUAUUUUUCCUCCCCCGCGCUUGUGAGGCUAACCCAACACAGCAGCGGAAGCAUUUAGUAGCGGCCUAUCAUAGCCAGUUUAGCAACAAAACAAAACAAAAAACAACAGUAACAAAAAAAAAUAAACGGAAACAGUUUUGUGUUCAUGCAUCGGUCUAACGAGAGAGAGAUAGAGAUAGCGAGAGUUGUCCAGUUAUGCUUUCUGUUUGUUUUGCUUCCUUUUUAUCACGAUAGGUUUGAGAAGAACCAAUUUAAAAGCAAACAAUCUAAUAAUCUAAACCGAAAAACUAGUUUUAAGCUAGCUUGUAGUGCUAAUGUGACGAUUAACAAAACAAAACAAAACAAAAAAACAGUAGUAAUCUAGCAAUGAAGUGAACAGUUUUUAACUGUGUUUAUAAUAAUUUGUGAAUUGGUGUAGAACACUAAUUACUUAAUCUUCUAUAAUUCUAUGUACACAUAGAUAUACAAACAAACGGAAUCGGAAUAGUAAUCCAUCCUCCCCCUUGCGGGGGAGAGGAGUCGUAUGAGAUGCAUGCUGAACUUUUUUGUAAUUUAUCAUUUUACUAGGCCCAUAAUA